AUGGGAUCACGUCUUGUCACAGCCGCAGAGAUCAUAGUGCUCUGUUCUCCGGUGGGGCGCGGCGCGGAAACGGUCGGCCAUUGGCCCCCGAUCGAUCUAUACGGGAACGGGAUCGUCGAGGAUGUGAUGGAUCGGCUUCCCUCCAGCUCUCUCAGGCAGGGAGAAUCCCUCCCCCCUCUGGUCCGUCUCACUGGGGUUCCAAUCCGGGGGCCCCUGCACGGACGAACGAUCAGCCACGCGCCGUCGAUUCCCCCUGAGCCCCCCGACCUGGUUCCGAUUCCACUACAUGAUCGUAGGUCGGUGGGACGAGCCUGGUCGAUCCGACGACGAUGGCCGGGCAACCGCAACCUCGUGCCCUGUUCGAGUACGAAACGAGUCACAACGCCAUCGUCUGCAGUAAUAUUCGAUAUAAGGGCCCACGAUAUGGCAGCCACCUUGUAG